AUGAAUGCGAAACCUAAAGAUGCAUUCUCGGCUUCCUUAUCAAAAUUUCAUCGAAAAAGCGUUCACUCUCAAAUGGCCAACACAAGUGGAUGCAAUCAACUCAAUGAUGGUCAAAACAUUCCACUUCCUGAGUUGAAGGUUAGAGGAUUGCAGAGUGCAAAAAUUAAAGCAUCUCCGAAAAGAUCUCCUCAUAUUUUAAAAUUUUAUGUACAUGAGGCUUAGUGUAUGCUAAAUGAUCCUAUUAAAAAAGCUAAUGUAAGGAGAUAUGAGAACUAAUCUGAGUACGUAUUCGUGGACACUUACUUGGAUGCCUUGCAUGUGAUUGCACAGGAGGAGAAAAGGUACAAGUAGGCGAAUGGACAAACGAUUCAAUCUGAUGAAUUUUCAGAACAACAAAUUUCAAUAAAUCCUUAACCUACUUUGCCUAACUUGCCUGCUCAAUUGAUAAGGGAAAGGAUGAGAGUUUAUGCAUAGAGUUAACAGAAAGAACCUUAAUCUAGUAAGUUUUAAUAGUCGAUAAAAAUUAGUAGAAUCUCAAUUAGCCUAGAGGUAGCCCCAGAAAGUAAUAAAAACUGCAACUAGUCUGAUGGCCAAAAAAAUAUUCCCAAACAAACUAACUGUAUCUUUAUCAGUUCAUUAAGCUAUUCCCUCUAUUAAGCAUAAAGUAAGUGCUAAAAGAUGGGUCAUGUUCACGAAACAAAAGAAUGA